AAACUACAAGAUUUAACACGAAGAUUGAACUUUAAUUCAGCAUUGGGGGGGAAAGAAGAUAUGGCAACGGAAAGAAGAGUGAAAGAGAAAGAGCCCCUGGAUAUUGUUCACCAAAAUGCCAUUCAUGUGGAGACGAUCCUGAAAGAGCAGCGCUGCCAGAAGCUUUACACCGAGUUCACCAUCAACCCUUUCAGAAAGUUGCAUGUUUUACCUGAUAAACCCAUGUCACGAAAAACAAACGAAGAAGUUGAGGAGGACCCUGCUUUCCUGAAGCUCAUUCGAAGAUCAUAUUCAGAACCAACGAAAAAGUAUCCUCGUCCAAUGACGGAGUCUCAAGAAAUUGGAUGGAUUUCCACUCCUCUGAUUGAUUCAGAUCGCUCGGACAGAAGACUGAACUUCCCACGGCAGAAUUCUGAAAUCACCAAAUACAUGGAACAUGCCUGGCGUCUGAAGGAACAAACUCAAAACCUUAGAUGAAAGAAGGCACAUUUUUGUAUCUUGUCUUUAACUGCCUUAAAAACAUAUUUUGCUUUAAUCCUCCAAUCAUGCCAUGUUCACUAAAAAUCAACUCAUCAC